AUGUUUCUCAGAAAUCUUAGUCUACCAAAAUUGUGCAAUGGGACACAUCUACGGAUUAUUGGUCUACAAAAGAAUUUGAUUGAAGCUAUUAUUAUGACUGGAUUUGCAAAAGGUAAAUCAGUUCUUAUUCCUCGCAUACCAAUGAUACCAUCAGAUUAUCCUUUCCAAUUCAAGAGAAUGCAAUUUCCAGUAAAAGCAUGUUUUGCCAUUACAAUAAACAAAUCACGAAGGCAAACCUUGAAAUUUGCAGGGAUCGAAAUAAGAGAAGAUUGUUUUUCACAUGGCCAAUUGUAUGUGGCAUGCUCCAAGGUCAGUAUCCCACGAGUUUAG